AGCGAAGCCUUAACUUCGCCUUCCCCGACCCUCGGCAGUGUUCGGGGGCCCCCCGGCGCAGGGCAGGGGGUGCCCCUGCGGGCCGGGCUGCCCGGGCAGCACAGCAGGAGCGGCGGCGCGGCUGUGCCCGCGGUUGCCAUGCGUGCUUGGCGCGCCGGGGCUGCCCGGGCUCCCGUCGCUCACGGCUCCCUGCACCUCCGUUCCUCGCCGGCUGGGCGGGCGGGACGGGCCGGGCAGGUGCGCGCUGCGGAUGCCGCUGCCCCGCUCGCAGGUGGCGGCGAACCGGAUGCCUUUGGCGGGCAGAAGAUGUGUCAUGGGAAGCAGGCGAGCAGCGGCGGUGCCCUCCCGGCGGCGCGGCGGGUGCUGGCCGCGGCGCUGUGGCUGCAGCUGGCGCUGAGCCUCGGCCCGGGGCUGGCGGCGGGCGGAGGACACUCAUUCUAUUCUGAAGUGGUCACCACUUCUGCUCAGAGAUGCUGCCCCUGCUUUGGCCUUACCUUGUGGAUUCUCCAGGGACUGCUUGUGCCUCCAGGGUUUGAUGACCUGCAAGCAUGUGCAGAUCCUGGGGCUCCUGAACAUGGCUACAAGACACCCAGUGCAGGUGUUUUCUUUGAAAGCGUGGUGGUCCGGUUCCAUUGCCAAGAAGGAUACAGGCUCAAUGGUACUUCCAAAAAAAUUUGUGUGAGACACUUUAAUGGCUCCCUGAGCUGGAAACCCAGUGAUAAACCUGUGUGCCUACAAGAAGUCACAGAUUGCCCUGUUCCACAUGUUGAAGAUGCAGAGGUUCAUAACAAGACAUACAGGACUGGCGAUAAGUUAAUAAUCACCUGUCAUGAAGGAUUCCAGAUCCGUUACCCUGACUUAGACAACAUGGUUUCCAUAUGCCAAGACGAUGGAACAUGGGAUAAUCUACCCAUAUGUCAAGGUUGCCUUAGGCCGUUGGUUCUUCCUCAUAGUUACAUUAACAUUUCUGAGUUCGGGGCCUCCUUCCCGGUAGGAACAGUGGUGUAUUAUCAGUGUUUUCCUGGAUAUAAACUAGAAGGGGCAGAGAUCCUUGAGUGCAUGUAUAACCUUAUCUGGUCACAUAGCCCACCUAGGUGCCUUGAUGUGGAAGUUUGUCCACUACCUCCAAUGGUGAGUCAUGGAGACUACAUCUGCCACCCGCGGCCUUGCGAGCGCUACAACCAUGGGACGGUGGUGGAGUUCUACUGUGACCCAGGUUACACCCUCACCAAUGACUACAAGUACAUCACCUGCCAGUAUGGAGAGUGGUUCCCCUCCUACCAAGUGUACUGUGUCAAAACAGAACAAACCUGGCCAAAUACACAGGAGACCCUCCUGACUACAUGGAAAAUAGUGGCAUUUACUGCUACCAGUGUUUUAUUAGUACUGCUGCUGGUUAUAUUAGCCAGGAUGUUCCAGACCAAAUUUAAGACACAUUUCCUUCCACGAGGCAACCAGGAGGACUCAAUGGGCGACCCUGACUUUGUGGUGGUGGAUGGUGUUCCUGUCAUGCUGCCUUCCUACGAUGAAGCUGUCAGCAGCGGUUUGAAUGUCCUGGCACCUGGAUACUUAGCUGCCGCAGACCAGGGGCAUAUUUUGCAGACAGAAGAUCAGAAUCCGCCUGCUUACCCUGGUCCCAGGAUUCCAGACAUGCAGCCCAGUGAAUUUGAGACCUGUGACAGUAGGUCGGGUUCCUCUGAACUGUUCCAAAGUUUGUACCCAUCCCUGACAUGCCAAGUGGCAGCACUUCCCGGCUCAGAUCGAACUGACAUAUCCCACAGCACUGAUGGGGAUGCUGCAUCCACGAGUCCCCGAAUCAAUAUCACAGAUGAGAUUCCUUUGAUGGAAGAAGACCCUUAGCCUGCAUUGAGUUGUGUCCUUAUCACAUUGUAUUGUUGGGUGAUAUGAAUCAUGAGGAUUCAGAGACAGAAGAGACUCUGUGGAUUUGGGGAGGGUGUUUUCCUGCUUAUCAAUCUUCCAAGCGAUGAUGUCACCAGGUUGGGUGUAUGUCUUAAUCCACAGCGGGAACAACAGCGUCAGCAUUUGGAACUGCAGCAGUUUUAUGAACGAAUCCUGGGGAUUUGAUGAGAGCAGAUGUAGAAAAAGAACUGUGGCUUUUUAGAAGUGAAAUGUAUGUCUGCAUCGCAGAAAGUCAUAUGGCCCUGUAAGAAAUGCUAUUGGAUUAUGACACUAACUGCCUCACAAAAGCAUGUCAAAAUAUGUAAAUUUGCUUAUAAAGACUGCUUUAAAUGAUCUAUGGACCUCUAGUUUAUGAAGAAUCCUUUCAAGUUUAAAAAAUAUCAGUACUGAAACACACACACAAAAAAAGAGGAAAGAUCCUCUUUGACUUUCCUAUGAUAACCAGGAAGUUUUUGAUUUAGUUGUUGGUGAUUUUGCUUCAGACCAUGUCUGUGGAAAAUAUAACAGAAAUUAUGGGAUUCAUAUAUACUUUGAUGUACAAUAGCAAAUAUAUAUAAAUAUAUAUAUAUAUAUAUAUAUAUAUAUAUAUAUAUAUAUAUAUAUAUAUAUAUGUGUGUGUGUAUAUAUAUAUUUAAAAACUCUUAAAGAGAAAGAAAAGGAAAGACUCCCAGGUCACAUAACGAUCUGGAGAUCUUUUUUUAAAGGUAAGGCAGAAUUUAUAUUAUAGACAAUAUUCAAAGUAAAGUAUCAAUAUUUGUAUUUAUGCAAGACUUCUGUGACUACAUUGCAUUUGAUAAAUCAUGCUGUAAUACGAGAGAUUUAGAAGAUGUUAAAAUUAUGAAAUACAUGCUUAAGAAAUGUCAAACUGCCAUGCUUCAACCUUUCUUAAGCACUUAAAUAUAUAUAUAUGAGAGUAAUCUACAGUCAUAGCCCAGAGCACUGCCUUGUCCCUGUACAUUGUGGUAGUAUUCUGAGCCAUUAUUGUAGAAUACUUUCUAAAAAAUAAUAAUAAAGCUGAGUUUCAGUUCUUUUAACUUAUCUGACUAUUGUGUAGUUGGCCUAUUUUCCUUCCUCACUUCUUUCACCAACUCCUACCUGAAGGUAGGAGGUAGCAGAACAGUGAAGGUAGGAGGUAGCAGAACACCUGUCCUGUGGUACUUUCAGCUUUGCAUCCAUUAUCCAGCCGAAAAUGGAGAGAGUGGUUUUGGUUAAGCAGAGCAUACGGAAUGGGUGCAGCAGGGGCACAGCUUCUGCAGGUGCAAUGUGGGUUUCAUGGAGGGUUUUCUCUGCUCUGCAGGCUGUGCCAGAACAUUAUGCUAAAGCCUGUAUGAGGGGUUCACUCCGUGGUUUUACAGGCUAUUUGUUCUUUGUCAGGAAGAUUCCUGGCUGUUUCAUGUACUUACGGAAAUUGGAGCUGAUUUUCUUGUCUUAUUUUUGGUAUUGUGCAGAUGAAAUACCUUAAACUGGCAGUGUUUGAACGAGUAACUCACUGUGUGUUAGUGACAGAGAUUUCCAUCAUGUAGGCUAAUCCAAACCAAAGGGAGAAAUACAACUGAGUUCUGAUUUUAUGUACAAAGUAAAUUAAUAAUAUGUCUGUUGCAGUAAAUAGAGGAUCACUACAAGCUGCUCUGCUAUUUUCUUAUGUUUAUUGAUUUAUUUGUAUUGUGGUAGCAUUUAGUGGUCCCACUCAUGAACCAGGCUAGUGGAAUAAUAGAUGUAACCAUUCAAGAAAAGUGUUUAUUAGCAUCCUGUCAGCAACUGUAUGACAGCAAAAAGCAAAAGCAGACCAAAAGCUUUGGCAAGCAGAAGUAAUUCUGUCAAUUAUCCUAUAGUAAGAUUUUUGAAACACAGUGAUUGGUACUGAAAAAUGAGACAUAUUCCAUUUUAUCCUCCAUCCUUGCUUACACUAUAUUUCCAUUUUUCUUCUGAAUUUUCUCAGUUGCAGCUGCAUGUUCAGGUUUAUCCCACAGAUGUAUCCAUCAGGUGUUUGUACUUUCUUGGCUACCCCUUCCUUUUUAGAUCUCAAGUUUUCCAGAGGUGUUUGCAUGACCAGCUGAUGCUCAGAAUUACCACUGCAACAAACAAGACAAGAGUGCUGUAAAACCAACCCUGAACUGAAGCACACCCCAAGCCUCCUGUCAGUUAUGUGAUUUCAGUUUCAUAAUACCAUUGACAAGUAUUGGACUUACUUUAAAUGCCUUUUAAAAUAUUAUGAAAUCCAUCUUUUCUGGUCUUUUAGCAGCCUGUGAAAUUUCAUCCCUUACUAAUUUUUUUUGCUUCCAUUUAUUAAUUUCUAUGGAAGCUUCUUGAUUAAUAUUUGGAGCUCUGAGGUUUUACAGAUUCACACUGCUGUGUGUAUUGUAUUGCAGUCAUUUUAUUAAGGGAGACAGAUGUGGUAAUUGAAGAAAUGUAAGUUUAUGACUUAUUAGAACAUUUUUAUUUUAAGAAGUGCAGAAUUGCAAAUACUCUAGAAAAGAUUAAUAUAUUAAUUUUGCUUGAUAGCCUUUUGAUAGGACUGUGCCAAAUACAAUUUUUAAAGGGUUUUACCAUUUAAAGAGUCUUAACAUUUUUUGCUGAUGUUGGAUAAAACUUCCUGAAAGGCUGUUUUUGGGGGGGAUUAUUUGUGUGGUUGAGUUUGGGUGUUUUGCAUGCUUGAAUAUCAGGGGAAAAAGAGAGAAUUUUUUUCUCAUGCUAUUUUUUUCCACAUAGGGCUUGAAUUUUCAUGAGAGAACUGCCUGCCUCUGGAUCCACACCUGUGUCCCAGCCCACAAAGUGACACCCUGGGCUGGGGGCUGCCCCCAGGUGCCCCCAGUCUGCCCAGCAACCUGGACACCCUGGAGAACUCCACAGCUCUCUGGCCUAAGACCUCAGGAUGUUUUCAGGGCCUAAAGAGACAAGAGGGCUGCUAUGACCACAGCAGAAUUUUCACUGUGUAAAUGAGACCAGAUGGGAGGAUGAGCAUAUCUUAUGCAGAUCAUAAGCUGUUUUCCCUUGAACUAACUGGAUGUAAAUUAAAACAGAUCCAGGAAAACACUUGUUGGUGAGGUGUUAGUGAAGAUGUGGCACCCCAUGUGCCUUCAGCAGAGAGAAAAUUGGUGUGUACUGAGAACUCCAGGAAUGAAAAACAAGAACUGGCUUCACCUUGCCAAUAUUUCUAAAAAUGAGAAAAGAGGAGAAGUGAGCAAUGUGUCAGCCUUGAGCACUGACUUAUGAACAGGGGCUUGACAUGCACAGUGCUGGGUGAAGGGUGGGGAUUCAAGGUCUCCCAGGAGUCCUGCAGGGAGUGAGUCACAACCUGGGCAUGAGUCAACAGAACCUGGCUGUUGUGAAAAUGUUAAAUGUCAACACAGGAGUGUUUACACAGAACUGUAACUUAUAAAAUGCAUGAAGCAAUCGUUCAGCUGCACUCAGCACUAGUAAGGCCUCAGCUAGAGCAGUUUGUCAAAUGUUGAGCAAUUUUUUUCCUCUUCAAGGGGAACGGGGUGCAGCUGGAUGGCAGCCAAGCAGAAAGAAUCAAGCAGAGAGAAUUUGAAGAACCUGUCCUGACCUCACAGAUUACAUAGUGUUCAGUGUGAACAAUGGGAGACCAAAGAGAACACAGAAAUUCAGUUUUCUGUAAGAAAUGUAUUUUGCAAAGAUGGAAUUUAUCCGUAUAAGUAGGACAAGAAUAGUAGACUUAAUUGAGGCUUGAGAGAAUUAGGUUAGAUAUUAGAAGAAACAUUCUAGUCACAGGAAUGGUUACUAGGAAAGAGAGAUGAUCUGAAGAAGCUGUAAAAACCUCUGAGAUAUUUUUUAAGACUGUUUUAAAUAAGUAGAAGCCAGGAAAACAUUGGGGGAGAUGCACAAUAUGAAUUUUGGGGUCCCUUCUCAUUCUGUCUGCAUGAUUCCCAGCUUGUGAGAACUAAACUUGGCUGAUGCCAAAUUUUGCCCAUAGAUUAAUUCCAAAUUGAUGGUACUGGGCACACUGGUCAGUGCUCAUCAAAACUACAGCCAGAAAUACUCUCUAUUCCACAAACAAAAGCUUUCAUGUAGCAUGGGCUGAACUCCAAUAAAAUCCUGUGAAUUAAA